GUUAAUGAUAACCUGAUUAACGUAUGUAUUUAUUUCAAACCACAGGGUGCUUUAGUUGGAGGUACGGUUAGCAUUUUGUUUGUUGGGUGGAUAUCAUUUGGGCAGUACACUUCGUCCGGGGUUCGAGUCGCGCCUCAGCUUACUCCAGCCUCUGUUGAACGAUGUGUAUUCCCUAACUCUACAGAUCUGUUUGAUGUCCAGGCCAAUUAUACGAUGUACUUAGGCGAUAACAACAUACAGACAGUAGCUGAACCACAUGGACUGGACUUGUUGUAUUCGUUGUCCUAUAAAUGGCUCGGGGUCGUUGGGAUCCUUAUAGUAAUUGUUGUUGGAUCCCUGGUCAGUCGUCUACAAGCCCCCAGGCCUGUCGACCCAUCGCUAGUCAUCCCGCCAUAUGACCUUCUCUGUUGCUGUAUCCCUUCAUUCAUUCGGAAACGACUACGCUGUGGAGUAAACCACACACAAAGUGAUGACGAAACUAGUGACAAAGCUGAUGGAGCAAUUCCGGAUGGAAAUCCGAGCCCAUCGUACACGUCAGUGCCUCUGACCACCGAGCCAUUACACGCAAUUAGCGCAACAAAGUUAUAGACUUUUCUUGUUUUGUUUUCUAGUUCUGAUCUGCAAUUAUUAUAUUUUUUCUUAAAUUCAACUUGUAACAAUGUUGUCGAAUUCCAAAUUGAAAUUUUGCGAUGUAAAUGCGACCUAUUCUUUUGACGUCACGAGUAAAUGCAACCGUUCCCGAUAAAAAAUAGAGUUCGUGAAAACAAAAACAAAAUUAUCAAUAUCAUUUAAACAUUUUAAGAAAAGAAUGUUCUUGUUUUAUACAACAUAAUUUCGUUAAUUGUUACAAGUUACAUCGAUCAAUUGUGGUUUCUAUAUUUUAUCAUAGUGACGUCAGAAAAUCAACGUUAUUUAGUGACGACGUCAUGAAAAUUGUUUUUCUUAUCACUACACCAAUGGGAAUUGUGUGAAUUAUGACCUGAUGACUUUCCUUUUUGUUUUGUAAGGUUAAAUAGUGAGAAUGCAGU